CCCCACGAUUCCCCAAAAUUUUCGCCAAUUCCCGAAACACCCCUCCAAAAAUGUCGAAAUCGCUCUUCGCCCUCUCCCUCCUCCUCCUCCUCCUCUCUCUCCCCAGUUCCCUCUCCCAAAACCCUAACCCUAGCUCCACGGCCUACAGCGAGCUCAAAUCCUACGGCUUCCCCGUCGGGCUCCUCCCCGUCAACGUCGCCUCCUACUCCCUCAACCGCACCUCCUGCGACUUCGCCGUCCACCUCGACGGCCGCUGCCGGAUCACGCUGCCGCCGGACAACUAUCUCGCCUCUUACGAGAGGAGGAUCACGGGGAAGCUUGUUGGAGGGAAGAUCGCGGAUCUUGAUGGGAUUAGGGUUAGGGCUUUAUUCCGGUGGUGGUCGAUCUCUGGGAUUAGGUUGAGUGGCGAUGAUUUGGUUUUCGAGGUUGGUGUUGCUUCGGCCAGGUAUCCGGCCAGGAAUUUCGAUAAGGUGCCUGAGUGUGAAGGGAGGGCGCCCAAAAAGGCGGAUUCUUGAGCUCUUGCACAGGAUCUCCAGCCCGCUAUUAUGAUGGGGGUUCCUUGUAUGUGCCCAGCAUGGCGUUGAUGCCUGAUACAAGGUUACACAUCAUUCGUAUAUAUCUAAGUUUUAGUAUUGUAUGAAAUGUAUUGUAUGAAAUAAAGGUAUCUUAGCAUGUUCUCAUGAAAUGUAUUAUGUAUUGAAGAAUGAAUUGUAUUAUGUAUUGUGUUCCUUCACACCCAGCUUCAACUUUCAAACUAGUAGUUAUGUUUAUCUGAACUGCUAAAUACAGAAUUUGGUUCUGAUACCGGCAGAGUGUUUUUCCAAUAUCUGCAGCGUGCAAUUGAUAAUAUACUUAAGCAUUGUAGAGA